AUGUCGAGUCGCGGGCGGCGGGACCGGGAGUCCCGGGAGCCCCGGGAGCAGCGCGGGGCCAGCACCGCCCGCGCCUCCUCCCGCAGCCGCCGCGACGCCGACGGAGAGCGCUCGCGGGGCCGGCGGGACUCGGAGCGGGAGCGCGCGCGGCGGGAGGCGGCGGAGCCGCUGCCGGUGGAUCUCGCGCGCGUCAAGCGAGAACCGGGCACCGGCACCGGGAGCAGCGUCUGGGGGGGCUCCGGUACUGCCGGGCCCGCCGCGCCCGUGCGGGUGAAGAGGGAGCGGGAGCCGGAUGGAGACUCCGACCCUGAGCCCGAGCCCGCCGUGCGUUACGGGCGCUUCGACCCCGAGGACCAGCGCAGCCGGCACUGCCCCUACCUGGACACCAUCAACAAGAGCGUGCUGGACUUCGACUUCGAGAAGCUCUGCUCCAUCUCCCUGUCCCACAUCAACGUCUACGCCUGCCUCGUCUGCGGGAAGUACUUCCAGGGCCGCGGGCUGAAGUCGCACGCCUACAUCCACAGCGUGCAGCUGAGCCACCACGUGUUCCUCAACCUGCACACGCUCAAGUUCUACUGCCUGCCCGACAACUACGAGAUCAUCGACUCCUCCCUCGAGGACAUCACGUACGUGCUGAAGCCCACGUUCACGGCCCAGCACAUCGCCCACCUGGACAAGCAGGCCAAGCUGUCGCGGGCCUACGACGGCACCACGUACCUGCCCGGCAUCGUGGGGCUCAACAACAUCAAGGCCAACGACUACGCCAACGCCGUGCUCCAGGCCCUGUCCAACGUGCCCCCCCUGAGGAAUUACUUCCUGGAGGAGGAGAACUACCGGCGCAUCCAGCGCCCACCCGGGGACAUCAUGUUCCUGCUGGUGCAGCGCUUCGGGGAGCUCAUGCGCAAGCUCUGGAACCCGCGCAACUUCAAGGCCCACGUGUCCCCCCACGAGAUGCUGCAGGCCGUGGUGCUCUGCAGCAAGAAGAGCUUCCAGAUCACCAAGCAGGGGGAUGGGGUGGAGUUCCUGUCCUGGUUCCUGAACGCGCUGCACGCCGCGCUGGGCGGCACCAAGAGGAAGAAGAAGACCAUCGUCACCGACGUGUUCCAGGGCUCCAUGCGCAUCUUCACCAAGAAGCUGCCGCACCCUGACCUGCCCGCCGAGGAGAAGGCGCAGCUGCUGCAGAACAGCGAGUACCAGGAGCGCAUGGUGGAGUCCACGUUCCUGUACCUGACCCUGGACCUGCCCACGGCGCCGCUCUACAAGGACGAGAAGGAGCAGCUGAUCAUCCCCCAGGUGCCCCUGUUCAGCAUCCUGGCCAAGUUCAACGGCAGCACCGAGAAGGAGUACAAGACCUACAAGGAGAACUUCCUGAAGCGCUUCCAGCUGACGCGCCUGCCGCCCUACCUCAUCUUCUGCAUCAAGCGCUUCACCAAGAACAACUUCUUCGUGGAGAAGAACCCCACCAUCGUCAACUUCCCCAUCACGAACGUGGACCUGCGCGAGUACCUGUCCGAGGAGGUGCAGGCCGCCCACUCCCACACCACCUACGACCUCAUCGCCAACAUCGUGCACGACGGGAAGCCCUCGGAGGGCUCCUACCGCAUCCACGUCCUGCACCACGGCACGGGCAAGUGGUACGAGCUGCAGGACCUGCAGGUGACCGACAUCCUGCCCCAGAUGAUCACCCUGUCCGAGGCCUACAUCCAGAUCUGGAAGCGACGCGAGGAGGACGAGACGAACCAACAGCAAGGAGCCUGAGAGCCUUGGGGACACACAGAAACCCCCUGAGGACACCCAGAACCCCCUUGGGGACACCCAGAGCCCCCUAGGGAAAACC